AUGGCUGUCCCUAACCGCGGCCCGGACACAGAAUUAUCACCGCGCCUUCACCUCGCCUCGGCUAUCCGCGCCGAUGCCGCUCUUAGUGCAACACGUUGGGACGGGGUCUACGGCGGCGAGCGCCUGUCGCAAUCCCAUUCGAUACACGACGCUCUCGGUCAUGAUGGCAUGUUCGCCGUCAUAUACGAUGUGCACGACUCUGCCACUCCAAUUGCGUGCGCAGCUGCGAAGCGCUGGGAGAGCGAUCUAGAUGACUACAGUGCCGCCGAUGAAGAUGGUUGGGAGAUUUUGAUGGUCGCGACGCGGGUGGGAUGGAUGCGACGAGGGCUUGCAGGACGAUGUGUUGACGCGCUGGUUGCGAAGCUGAUCAGCCAGACACGUGAGGACGAAGCGCGUGAAGACGGCCAUGCGAAGGUGAAGAUAUGGAUUCACGCGGUCGAGGACUUGAACGGGGCAUAUUGGCAGAAAAAAGGAUGGGCGGUCAUAAGAGCGUACGAAAAGCCAGCUGGUCACUGGGGCUCGAUCUUGGGGUAUCGGCUUUUGGUGAUGCUACGGGAGUUCGGCCUGCGUUGA